GAAAAAUGAGUAGUGCUUCUAAUAACUUGUGGAAUUAGAUGCUUAUAGAAGAAACACUGUAAUAUGCUGUGAUCACAGUCAGAGAUCCAUCCAUCCAUUUUCUUUACACCCUUGUCCUACUACUACUAGAAAGUAGUUUGCCUACUGUAAAGACAAAGGUAGAGCAAAAAAGCAUUCUGCAGCUGGAGCUCAAAUGAACAGGAUCCUUACCAAAAAGCUUUUAACGUGCCAUUAAAACAGGCUAAUUAGAUAUAGCUAGUAUUUAUAAUUGUGCAAAAUGAAGUUUCAGCUAAUAAGUUUUUCAAAGCACUCCUAAACAAAACACUGAACUCAUUAGCUUUGUCUCCGUGGAUUAGCGGAAGUGACACAGCAAGCGCGCGCCUCCUACCGUUACGUCACGUCACGCGACGCAGCCGAGAAGCCGAGCGAGAAAAGGAAAACAAAACAAAAACAUCAACAACAACUCAACUAUUACAUUUUAAAAGGAAGCACAUGCAGCCCGCGGACAUGUCCGGCGCUUUGCUAACCCUCCUCAUGGAUGACAUGGAGUCGGAAAGGCCAUGAAUUCCUGUGAGGAUGGAGGAAAUUCAAAUGAAGCAAUGCUUGAGAAAGAACAUCAGCACAUUCAGGAUGUUAAAAAGGAGAAAGAAGAUUUUGCUGUUUGUGAACGAACUCAAGCACAUGAAGGGGGGUCUCCUGAAGUGUCAGAGGCCAAUAAAAGGUCGUCCGCUGAAUCACAUCAGUCCACCAGUAAUAAGAGAGCCAGAGUCUGCUCUGAGGUGAGGUGUCUGACAGAUGAGAGCCACAGGCAUGAGCCUCUUCGCCUCACCGUGGCUGGAGAAAAGGCCCACUGUAUCCAGGAGAGAUCAAGGCUUUCCUACAGAAAGCCUCUUUUCAGCAUCUCUCACAGGAUUUCAGACAAGAGAAACCCACCAAGUCUGGAUCAGCAGGCUAAUCACGGCGGCUUGAGUCAGCUCAGCUUCAGCAGCAUCCUUUCACAGAAGCUCCAAAGUCCAGAAAUAAACGGCGAAAGUGACAUCCUCACCGCCACAGAGUCCUUGGGUCAGACGUCAGCAACAGAGUCAAACCUUUACCCACUGAUUGAGAAAAUGUUUUUCAUCCUCAAUACCCUGAACUCCAGCAUGACUCAGCUGCACAGUAAAGUGGACUUGCUAACGCUGGAAGUCAUGCGUAUAAAGAAGCAGAUCAAGCCUGCUGAGAGGACGGCAGAUUUCCAGCCUCCUCCCGAAUAUCUCCUAACGAAUGAUGAACUCAAUCAGCUGAUGGAGCAUACCUCCAGCGCCGGCGAGCUCAGCUGCCAGCUGCUUGUCCACCUGUUCCCAGAGCUGUUCAAAGCAAAGGAGUGCCCCCAUGACUGCAUGGCAAGCAAGAGAACGCUGGAGUCUCUGCACCUGCAGCUGAUCCGGAACUAUGUGGAGGUUUGUUAUCCCUCAGUGAAAAACAACAGUGUCUGGCAGGAGGAGUGCCUCCUUCAGAUCAAUGACUUUUUUAAUCGCUUCUGGGCACAGAGGGACAUGGAAAGCGCUCGGCUCAUCAAGAAGCAGGCAGUCACUGGUAAUGAGAUGAAAGUGGAGCUUCCUCAAACAUAUCGCUUCAUUAAUGAACAGGGUCAGGAGGAGAAUGUAUCCCUGGAUAACCAGCAGGGUAGCCUGCCAUUGUCCGACGACAGGUUAAAUACUCAAGCUGCAGAAGAGCAGGAUGACUUCUCCUCGCCAGAAGAUUUUGUGAUUUUCCUCAUGCAUCGUCUCUUCCCAGAGCUUUUUGAAGAGGGGAAAAUUCCCGAAGUCUCCAGCAGUUACAGUAACGUGGGCCAGCUCGUUCUGGACUCUGACAAGAUGGAGAUCCUGAGGAAGUACAUGGAAGCAAAUUUCCCUGAUGUCCCUGAGGACAGCUGGCUUCAGUUGUGCAUCCAGCAUAUGGAGGACACACUGGAAGGGCCACACAGCAAUGGGAACGGGAGUGAAUCCGACAACAUCAACUACGAUGGCUAUGACCUGGCCGGCUUUCAGGAAGACCUUCCCAUCAUCAGGGCUCCAGACGCCAGUGAAUUUGAAAGACCUUGUCGCAAGUCCAAGAAGUCGCUGCUCGCAGCCGUGGAUUUUGAAAAUCUGAAGAUUCCUCCACCUGACAUCAGCGUUCCCCAAGAGUACAUCUUAUCCAGGGAGCAGCUGAAGAGCAACUAUGAAUGUAGCUUGUCUAUUGGCAACUUUGCUUCACGCCUGCUGGUGCUCAUGUUUCCCGAGCUCUUCACCCACGAGAAUACCAGAAAGCAGUACAACUGCAGUGGUUCUCUUGGGAAAAAGCAGCUCGAUCCUGUGCGUGUGAAUCUGAUCCGACAUUACGUGCAGCUUGUCUACCCCCGAGCCAGGAACGACAGAGUGUGGAUGCUUGAAUUUGUGGGCAAGCUGGAUGAAAGGUGCAGGAGGCGGGACACAGAGCAGAGAAGAUCUUACCUGCAGCAGCGCAAAGUUGGUGGCCAAGAGCUAGAGCAGGAAUUUCUCUGCCACAUCAACCACAUCACUCCAGACUCUAGAGAGGAUUCAGACAUUCCUUCUUUACCUCCCGAGAAAAGCAGCAAAGACUUCUGUAAGAUCCCCCUCGACAAACUGACCAUUUCCCAACCGGACUUCCCCGUACCUUCCGCUUACCUAUUAUCGGACUCUGAGGUGCGGGAGGUCGUCCAGCAGAGCCUUUCUGUUGGGAACUUUGCCGCCCGGUUGCUGGUGCGCCUCUUCCCGGAGCUGUUCACUCCGGAGAAUCUACGGCUCCAGUACAACCACUCGGGCGCCUGCAACAAGAAGCAGCUGGACCCGGUUCGGCUGAGGCUGAUCCGUCAUUACGUGGAAGCGGUGUACCCCGUGGAGAAGAUGGAGGAGGUGUGGCACUAUGAAUGUGUGCCGAGCAUUGAUGAACGCUGCCGGCGGCCGAACCGCAAGAAGUGUGACAUUCUUAAAAAGGCCAAGAGGUCAAACACUGUGUCAUAGUUGCAGUAUUUUACAGUUAGUCAACACGCAUAUAAGCUGAAACAAUGUUCUUAAGCUCAUGUUUUAUCUUUUGCCUCCAGCAGCAGAAGUUUUUAGGCUUUAGUUUUAUUUUCUAAUGUAUUAAAAAUGUUAAACCGUUCUUGUUUAUAUGUCAGAGCUGUCAGAGCUUGUCUAACACAUUUCUUUCAUAAAUCUAGCCUUAAAACCACAUUAUAACCACAGUAGUAGCUACAAUUAAGAGUCACAAUUUCUCUAUUAGCAGUAAUUACUGAUGUAGCAUCGUGCCACCAGAGUUUUAAUAAUAAAGUACUUACGGAUGGGUCCAUGGGUAUUUGCACAAGAACAUAUUUUAAGAAUUUUUUUCUGUACGUCACAAAAAUGGGUUUAAAAUUAAGCAAUUGGGUGAGAUUUGAGGGAUUUUCAAAUGAAUAACAUCAGAUUGAAUUGUGCUAAUUCAUUAACCAGAUUGUUUGUUACACCUCGAUAGUAGUUGGUUAGUUGGACCCUAUUUUGCCUUCAGAACUGCCUUAACUCAAUGUGGCACAGACGCAAUAAGGUGCCACAGACAACAAUCCUUUGGGAUUUUGAACCAUAUUUUCCUAAUAGGAUCAUGCAGUUGUGCAUUUUUCAGCUCCACAUCCCAUUAGAAAUUGCAUUCCAAAGAAUCUCCAUUGGCUUGAUUAUAGCUGCCGGUGGAGGUGACUGGGAUGCAGUAAACGCAUCAUGUUCAAGAAACCAGUUUGAGAAUUUGAGCUUCGUGACAUUGUGUUUUAUCCUGCCAGUAGUAGCCAUCAGUAAAUGGAUACACUGUCAUAGAUGGGAAAAAUCAGCAACAAUACUAACGGUACUAAAUCACAGAAUUUGUGCCAAGAAAACAUGCUCCAUGUCAUCAUACCAUUGCCACUUAUCUGAACCACUGAUGACAGCCAGGAUGUAUCCGUGCUGUUUUUUAUUUUUUUGUUUAUUCUGACCCACUAUCCAAAUGUCUCAGCCUAAACUACUAGUUUCAAAUCGCAGUCCUCGAGGACCAGAGUCGUGGAACUUUUAAAUGUGUCCCUUGUCCUACACACUUCAAUUAAACUCCGAAACUGCCUCACAAGCAUACGGUGACUCUACAGAGCUCUGCUAAUGAGUUUUUAUUGGAGCCAGGUUUGCUGAAGCAGAGAGACAUCUAAACGUUGCAGGACUUUGGCCCUUGAAGAAUGCAGUUUGAGACUGCUGGUGUAAACCAAGUCUCGUUUGACAUGGUCACUUUUUUCCAAACAGUUUUGUCCAAUUUUAGCAAAUCUGUGUGAAUUGUGUCCUCAGUUCCCUGUUCAGAGACACUAUUCUGCAUAACUCAGCUGCAACCAUUGGUCAUUUGAGCUACUGUUGCCCUUCUUAUCGUCUCGAACCAGCCUGCCCAUUCUUCUGUGACAUUUUUAUCUAUACAACCUUCACACACUCAACCAUGUGACUUUUAAAGUCACUUAGAUCCCCAUUCUCAUGCUCAGUUUAACUUGCUAUUUGUGUUCAGAUGAGGUGAGGUUAGAAUCUGGAAGAGGUGUACUUAUUUAAGUGGCUAGUGAGUGUAAAUUGUAACCUUAAACGUGACCCUUCAAGUUUCUAUUAUUUGGCGUUGUGUUUCUAAAAUACAGUCCAAACUAAUUAUUAAAUGAUCAAUCUUAAAACCAUUUGUGGUUGUGUACAGAAGCAAAGCUCCCGAGUUUUGUCCUUGUCUAAAUAUUGAUGGGCAUAUGACUGUACAUUAAACCUUCUUAUAGAAGUGUAUGUUAUAUUGGUAAUUUAACAUGACAAUGGGUCAUGAUAACCUAUUUCUAAUAAACACAGUUUUAAAAAGCA